UCUUUAGUUAUUACCAAAAUCAGAUCAAAAUCUUCCCCUAAAUCUCUGAAACUUCUAUAACUCAAAUUUGACCUUCAUCUUUGUCUCUUUCUCCCCCCAUUUCUGUAAUUUUUUUUUGACAUUUAACCUUUUUUUUUCUUUCACUUUACACAAAAUUUUGGUCAUGACUCUUUUUCCUAUAUUUUUGCUAUUCUUGAUUCUAUUAUUUUCAAGCUUUGAACAAUCAGUUUCAAUAUCAAGUGGAUCUCAACGUGUGAUUUUUCGAUCAAUAAUAAAUGAAAAUAGCAAAGAUGGUGACUUUGCUAUUGAUUUAAAUGCUACCAACUUUGAUUCUGUUCUUAAGGAAACUCCUGCCCCUUUUGCCAUUGUUGAAUUCUUUGCUCACUGGUGUCCCGCUUGUAGAAAUUAUAAGCCACAAUAUGAAAAAGUUGCAAGACUCUUCAACGGGGCAGAUGCUAGUUAUCCAGGAAUCAUAUUAAUGACGAGGGUAGAUUGUGCAUCGACGAUAAAUUCUAAGCUUUGUGACAAGUUCUCCGUGGAUCGUUACCCGAUGCUUUUUUGGGGCCCUCCUAAGAAGUUUGUUAGUGGUGGUUGGGGUCCAAAACAAGAAAAGAGUGAAAUAAUUCUGAUUGAAAAUGGACGAACUGCUGAUGUCUUGCUUGGCUGGAUCAACAAACAAUUGGGAAGCUCAUAUGGCUUGGAUGAUGGGAAGUACGAGAACGAGCAUCUUCAGACAAACACUUCAGAUCCUGGCCAGAUUGCCAAAGCUAUCGAUGAUGUUGAGGAGGCAACAUCUACUGCCUUUAGUAUUAUUUUAGACCACAAGAUGAUUAAACCAGAAACUCGGGCAUCACUUAUAAAGUUUCUUCAGCUUUUGGUUGCUCAUCACCCUUCUAGGAGGUGCCGGAAGGGGAGUGCAGAUGUACUUGUUAACUUUGAUGAUCUUUGUCCAUCAUCUACGAUGUUGGUUAACAAUGAGGAAGCUGAAAGUUGUAGCAAAAAUGGCGCGCUGGGAAAUUACCAGAUUUGUGGUAAAAUUGUUCCUCGCGGAUAUUGGAUGUAUUGUCGUGGCAGCAAGAAUGAUACUAGAGGUUUUAGUUGCGGUUUGUGGGUUUUGUUACAUUCACUCUCCGUAAGAGUGGAGGACGGAGAAAGCAACAUGGCAUUUAGAAGUACAUGUGAUUUUAUACACAACUUUUUUGUUUGUGAGGAGUGUCGGCAACACUUUUACGAAAUGUGCUCGAGCGUGUCUACUCCGUUCAAGAAAGCACGUAAUUUUGCUCUCUGGUUGUGGAGUGCUCACAACAAGGUCAACAAAAGACUAAUAAAAGAAGAAGCGUCCCUUGGAACUGGCGAUCCUGAAUUUCCAAAAGCUAUUUGGCCUCCGAAACAGCUUUGCUCCUCGUGUUAUCUCAGCCCAAGCAAAACAAGUAAGGAAAAUAAUAAGAUCGAUUGGGAUGAGGACGAGGUCUUCAAGUUUUUGGUCAGUUACUACGGGAAAGAACUAGUAACUCUUUACAAGGACAAUGAACAGCAAGGCGGUGGUAAGACCGAAAAAAUAGUUACCGAAGAGUUGGUAGCCUCGACAAAUGCAGUUGUGGUUCCAGUGGGAGCUGCAUUGGCUAUUGCAGUUGCGAGCUGUGCGUUUGGAGCGCUUGCCUACAUCUGGCGCUCACGACAAAAGAAUCGGAAGUAUAAAUAUAUAUACUCUUUAAAGAAUAUAUGAUUAUUUUGUAGGUAUAAAAAGAGCCAAUAUAAUUGAUAUGUAGGAUAGAGAUUAUAGGAGUUUCUACUUAUGGUAGGUUGAUAUUCUUAUCUUUUUUUCUCUUACCGGAACAUUUCAGGCCACGAAGAAGCUGGAACUGAGUUUGUUAAACGGAAGAGAUGCGCGCAUCACUGUAAUUAUAGUUGAUAAACAAGUCAAAUGAGGCUUUAUAGAGAACAAGUUGAGGGGAUUGUAUUGUAUCACAUGUACUGGAAAUUCAUAUACUUCUUUCAUUUGCCUAUUUUUCCCAGACAGGGUGUACAGAUUUACAUUGUAUGUUUUUUAUUCUGCAAGUUGAGAAAGGUCACAUACGGAGA